CUAAAACCCUCCUCCACUUCUGCAGUCCACAUCUUGCUGCUCCCAAUCCCGCCGUCGCCGCCAACCUUCCGCACCCACCCAGCGACCAUGGCGGCCGCCGCCACCCACGCCUCCUCCCUCUCCUUCCUCCUCUCCCGCCCUCACUCCUCCUCCCCCCACCAGCUCCGCCUCCGCAGGCCCGCCGACCACCGCGUGCGCUGCGCCACCGACGCCUCCGCCGCCGCGGCCGCCCCCGCCAAGCACCGGCGCGCGGCGGACGAGAACAUCCGCGAGGAGGCGGCGCGGCACCCGGCCCCGAACAACGACUUCUCCGCCUGGUACGAGCCGUUCCCGCCGGGGGCCCCCGGCGGCGACAACCCCGACGAGCGCUACUCCCUGGACGAGAUCGUCUACCGCUCCAGCUCGGGGGGCCUCCUCGACGUGCGCCACGACAUGGAAGCCCUGGCCCGCUUCCCGGGCUCCUACUGGCGUGACCUCUUCGACUCCCGCAUCGGCCGCACCACCUGGCCCUACGGCUCCGGCGUCUGGUCCAAGAAGGAGUUCGUGCUCCCGGAGAUCGACCCGGAGCACAUCGUCUCCCUCUUCGAGGGCAACUCCAACCUCUUCUGGGCCGAGCGGCUCGGCCGCGACCACCUCGGCGGGAUGAAGGACCUCUGGGUCAAGCACUGCGGCAUCUCCCACACGGGGUCCUUCAAGGACCUCGGCAUGACCGUGCUCGUCAGCCAGGUCAACCGCCUCCGCCGCGCGCCGCUCUCCCGCCCCAUCGCCGGCGUCGGCUGCGCCUCCACGGGGGACACCUCCGCCGCGCUCUCCGCCUACUGCGCCGCCGCCGGGAUCCCUGCUAUUGUGUUCUUACCCGCCAACCGCAUCUCGCUCGAGCAGCUCAUCCAGCCCAUUGCCAACGGCGCCACCGUGCUCUCCCUGGACACGGACUUUGAUGGCUGCAUGCGGCUCAUCAGGGAGGUCACUGCCGAGCUGCCGAUUUACCUUGCCAAUUCGCUCAAUUCGCUUCGGCUCGAGGGGCAGAAGACGGCGGCCAUUGAGAUACUGCAGCAGUUCGAUUGGGAGGUGCCAGAUUGGAUCAUUGUCCCCGGAGGCAAUCUCGGAAACAUAUAUGCGUUCUACAAGGGAUUCGAGAUGUGCCGUGUUCUGGGUCUUGUAGAUCGGCUGCCGCGGCUUGUCUGCGCACAGGCUGCCAAUGCCAACCCGUUGUACCGGUACUACAAGUCAGGGUGGACUGAGUUCCAGCCACAAGUGGCUGAGCCGACAUUUGCCUCUGCGAUUCAGAUUGGUGACCCUGUUUCUGUCGACCGAGCUGUCGUUGCACUGAAGGCGACGAAUGGCAUUGUUGCUGAGGCCACGGAGGAGGAGCUCAUGAAUGCUAUGUCUCUCGCUGACCGCACUGGCAUGUUUGCUUGCCCGCAUACUGGGGUUGCCCUUGCGGCGCUGUUCAAGCUCCGGGAGCAGCGUGUCAUUGGGCCAAACGACCGCACGGUGGUCGUCAGCACAGCACACGGUCUGAAGUUCUCCCAGUCCAAGAUUGACUACCAUGAUCGCAAGAUUGAAGACAUGGCUUGCAAGUAUGCUAACCCACCUGUCAGUGUGAAGGCCGACUUUGGUGCUGUCAUGGAUGUCUUGAAGACUAGGCUCAAGGGUAAGCUCUGAGCCUGUCCUCCUGCUAACCCCUCCAGUUGGCUACUUUAUUUCAAUCGAUUUGAAUAUGAUGGGUUUGCUGUGGAGCAGCAGUGGAACCCUUGAUUUGAAAUCUUUAGGUGAGAUUCUUGUAGGCUUCUGAGCAGAAUUGUUAGGGGGUGGGAUUAUCACUUGUACUUCGUUGUGUUGUAUGAAUAAUAAACGAUUGUCUUGAUCUUCAUUGAAUAAUCAUUCAGUCCAUCUUGCACCAU